AGAGAGCGUCUCACGUUCACAUCCCCUCUAGAGGAGCGCUCCGCGAGCCACGAUCUCAUCCCGUUCUGUCCCGUGCGCCUGGAACUUUAACUCCCUGUUGCUGUUCACACCUCUCUCCGCCAGCCCGCGCGGAUAACGGACGACCAUUCGUGCUCUCCGUGGCAAUGUUGACUGACAGAUGAUUUGACAGAGGAAGACAGCAGCGAUAGUCUCUGUGGUUAAUAUGGGCUGUGCCCACUGUAAACAGUACAAUGCUGCAGCCAAGGCAGCCGAGUACCCAUCUUCUAGCAACAGCCCUGAUGGGGGUGUGUCUACAGUGUUAGCCACGCCCUCUUAUGACCCUGACCCCACCCACCAGACUAUACCUGACUUCAACAAGCCAUUUGGCCCUGUCUGUUUCCCCAACACCAACACACAACCCCGCGCAGGGGUCAUCACAGGUGGAGGUGUGACUCUCUUCAUAGCGUUGUAUGACUAUGAUGCUCGUACUGAAGAUGAUCUGUCCUUCCAGAAGGGAGAGAGGUUCCACAUUCUCAACAACACAGAGGGGGACUGGUGGGAGGCCCGGUCGUUGAACACGGGGAUCUCAGGAUACAUCCCUAGUAACUACGUCGCUCCUGUAGACUCCAUACAGGCUGAGGAGUGGUAUUUUGGGAAGAUGGGGAGGAAGGAUGCAGAGAGACAGCUCCUGGGUCAGGGGAACCCCCGAGGAACAUUCCUUAUCAGAGAGAGUGAGACCACCAUGGGUGCCUACUCUCUGUCUAUCUGUGACUGGGAUGAUGGUAAAGGUGACCAUGUCAAGCAUUAUAAGAUCAGGAAGCUGGACAGUGGAGGAUAUUACAUAACAACACGCACACAGUUUGACACUGUGCAACAGUUGGUGGAGCACUACAAAGGCAGUAACGAUGGGAUGUGUCACUUCUUGACCACGCCCUGUCCCAAUUCAACGCCCCUCACCCUGGGUUUGGGGCGGGACGCCUGGGAGGUUGCCCGGGAAACGCUGGCCCUAAACAAGAAGUUGGGUCAGGGCUGCUUCGGAGAUGUCUGGAUGGGUAUGUGGAACGGCACCACCAAGGUAGCAGUGAAGACGUUGAAGCCAGGCACCAUGUCUCCAGAGGCCUUCCUAGAAGAGGCUCAGAUCAUGAAGAGACUGAGACAUGACAAGCUGGUGCAGCUGUACGCUGUGGUCUCUGAAGAACCCAUCUACAUCAUCACAGAGUUCAUGAGCCAAGGAAGCCUACUGGACUUCCUGAAGGAUGGGGAAGGAGGAAAUCUGAAGCUGCCUCAACUGGUGGAUAUGGCUGCACAGAUAGCGGCAGGCAUGGCGUAUAUAGAGCGAAUGAACUACAUCCAUCGUGAUCUACGAGCGGCUAACAUUCUGGUCAGUGAUAAUCUGGUGUGCAAGAUCGCUGACUUUGGUCUGGCCAGACUCAUAGAGGACAAUGAGUACACCGCCAGACAAGGAGCCAAGUUCCCCAUCAAGUGGACUGCUCCUGAAGCUGCUCUAUACGGGCGUUUCACCAUCAAGUCUGACGUGUGGAGCUUUGGUAUCCUGCUCACUGAGCUCAUCACAAAGGGACGCGUACCUUACCCAGGUAUGAAUAACCGCGAGGUCCUGGAGCAGGUGGAGAGAGGCUACAGGAUGCCCUGUGCGAUGGGUUGUCCUGCCUCCCUCCAUGAGCUGAUGGUACAGUGCUGGCGGGGAGAUGCGGACGAGAGACACACCUUUGAAUACCUGCAGGGCUUCCUGGAAGACUACUUAAUGUUUCUGACCUUCUCUUGUUUCUGA